AUGGCCGAAGAUUCUAAUUCUUCCGAUUCGAUCAUCGUUAACGUCGUCGGAGACGAUAAUCAAUCGGCGUUAUUCGGAAAAUACAACAUCCGUAACCUUCUCGGUAGCGGCGCGUUUGCAAAAGUCUACCAAGCAGAAGAUCUACACAAUAACGGCGAAAGCGUUGCGAUCAAAGUGGUUCAAAAAAAGCGUUUGAAAGAUGGUCUCACGGCGCACGUUAAGAGAGAAAUCUCUGUUAUGCGCCGCUUACGUCAUCCUCAUAUCGUGCUCCUCUCCGAAGUCCUCGCGACGAAGACGAAGAUCUACUUCGUCAUGGAGUUAGCCAAAGGCGGUGAGUUAUUCUCCAGAGUCACGAGCAAUCGUUUCACAGAAAGUCUUAGCCGGAAAUAUUUCCGGCAAUUGAUCUCCGCCGUGAGGUAUUGUCACGCUAGAGGUGUGUUCCACCGUGAUUUGAAACCGGAGAAUCUCUUACUCGACGAGAAACGAGAUCUGAAGGUUUCCGAUUUCGGUUUAAGUGCGAUGAGAGAACAGAUCCAACCCGAUGGGAUGCUACACACGCUUUGUGGAACUCCGGCUUACGUUGCGCCGGAGCUUCUAUUGAAGAAAGGAUACGACGGAUCUAAGGCGGAUAUAUGGUCAUGCGGCGUCGUUUUGUUCCUUCUCAACGCCGGUUACUUGCCGUUUCGAGAUCCAAACAUCAUGGGACUAUACCGGAAAAUCCACAAAGCUCAAUACAAAUUGCCGGAUUGGACUUCGUCAGAUCUACGACGGUUGCUCCGUCGUUUACUGGAGCCAGAUCCGGAACAGAGAAUCACCGUCGAGGAGAUUCUAGUAGAUCCGUGGUUCAAUCAUGGAGUAGAUCCAAGCGAAAUCAUAGGAAUCCAAGCCGAUGAUUACGAUCUAGAAGAAAGCGGGAAAAAACUAAACGCGUUUGAGUUAAUCGCGUCUUCGUCAACGGCGAAUCUCGCUGGAUUGUUUGGUAACUUCGUGACGCCGGAUCAUUGUGAUCAAUUCGUCUCCGACGAAACUCCGGUGGAGAUUAUGGGUAAGGUAGUGGAAGCUGCGAAACAGUUGAAUCUGAGGAUUGCGAAGAAGAAAGAGAGAGCGAUAAAGCUUGAAGGACCAAAAGGUGUAGCGAAUGUGGUUGUGAAAAUUCGAAGGUUAACUGAUGAAUUAGUGAUGGUGGAGAUGAAGAACAAGCAAAGAGACGUGGGCUUAGUUUGGGCCGAUAAUCUCAGGCAAAAACUACGUCGUUCCAUUAACCAACCGGUUUAUAGGGAUAAACCGUAA